AUGCCAGCAGAGGCAUUAAAGCAAGGUGGAGAAGAAGUAGUAAAUCGACUUAAUAAAUUACUUAACUUAGUCUGGAACACAGGACAGAUCCCAACCGACUGGAAGAGGGGCCUCCUUUUAAAGUUGCCUAAGAACGAUAACUUAUCUCAGUGUGGAAAAUGGAGGGGCAUUACAUUGUUGUCCAUCCCAAGUAAAAUCCUUACCAGAGCUAUUUUGAUCAAAAUGAAAGAGGCGGUUGACCUUAAGCUAAGAGAGGAACACGCAGGGUUCAGGAAGGAAAGAUCUUAUUCAGAUCAAAUAGCCACUCUUAGAAUUAUUGUAGAACAGACGAUAGAAUGGCAAGCCCCGCUUUACAUCUGCUUUUUUGACUUUGAGAAGGCCUUUGAUAGUGUGGAUAGGCAAGCAAUAUGGAAUCUAUUGAGACACUAUAGUGUUCCUGCUAAGUUAGUGGAAAUAAUGCAGCAAUUUUACAAUAGAUUUUCAUGCCAAGUUAGGCAUGCUGGGAAACUGUCUAAAAAGUUGCAGGUCAACACAGGGACAAAGGGCAUUAAAAAAACAGCCGAAAUUGCAUUAUCUAGUCGUGCAGACAACAGCAACAUAAGCUCAAGACGCCCAGUAAACUGGUCAAUUAAAGAAAAAACUGACCUUCUUCUAAUGGUAAAUGCACAAAGUUACAUCAUAGAAUCAAAGAAACGCGACAAACCUACCAUAUCAAAGAGACAAGCAGCUUGGGAAAAGAUCACAUCCGAAUUCAAAAUUAAGUAUCCCAAGUUUACAAAUAGCAACACCAACUGUAUUAUAAAUUGUUAUCGAAGGAUGAAAAGUCAGGGGGACUUAAAAGAUUAUAGACCUGUUGUAGAAAGAAAUGAUUCGAUGUUAGUAGAACAGAAAGAUGAAAAAUCAAACAUUAAUGAAGAAUCCAUAGAUGCCACAGAGAAUCAGGAAAGAAAUGAACCGAACACGAUUGAUACAACAGAAGGUGCUCAAAACGUGAUUGAUACGCCAUUAUUGACGGCAGAUUACAACACAGAUUCUACUAGCGAGUUUGUCCCUGUGGAAACAUCUGAUAUUAUGGUGCUCGGUAAUGAGACGGAUAAUAUGGGUGCCAGUAAUGAUGCUACGACAUCAAGCAGCUGUCCAGAAACUUCUGAAUUUUUGGACAACACAACACACCAAUAUUCUCCUUUGCAAAGAUCAAGCUACCAAACAUUAUGCGACGAAUCUCUUCAAAGAAACAUACAGAAACAUCAUGAAACCUUCAUUACGAAGAGAAAAAUUCUUAAGAGAAAGCAUGAACUACGAAACACAACAGUUAGACCAAAUAUAUCUACGAAUUACACUAUGCACAAAUCAAAAAAAGAAAAACACCUGAAGUUAAAAGUACUAGGAUACGACAAUGAUUUACAGAGGGAAAUGGAGAAGUUUAAAAUGGCCUUGGAAUAUUCAGAUAAAAAAGAAUUGCAUCAUAAACUAAAGAAAAGUAGUAUAUGUAAUCUUUAA